AUUUUAUUAGAUUGCAGAUGCGCAGUUAGAUAGUGAGUUGCCUCGUUUUUUGCAGAUGUGGUGUUGGUAAGGUUUUAAUCUAGCAAAAUUUAUAACCAGUUCAUACGGCGUGUUCGCCUUUGGAAUUUUUGGAACGUUGCCCAUUUUUUGUAUCGACAUUGAUCAAAAGGUUUUAUAUGACGUCUAUAUCUUUUUGGAUAGAACUUUUAGGUCGAGGAAACCCAGCAAAUUACCGGAAGUACAUCGAAAGACACGCUGAUUUAUCAGUACCGUUUAUGAAUUGCACAGAGUCUAGAAAGAAUUAUUCAGUGACAAGGUGUCUCUGCUAUCAUCAAAAACUAAACCCAUUUCGGUCGUGACUAUUGGCAUCUGUACGCUGUUCCUUUGUUUCAUUUUUUGCCAAGCCAACAGCAUUAAGGCUUCUGGGAAGAGUGUGUGGGGAAGACCCCUUAAGCUUUUUAUAAUAUCAAAAUAAGGAUUAGACAGCCAAGAUGGGAAGUGUUAACGUCAACCGUAGCCUUUCGGACCAGUUUUAUCGUUAUAAAAUGCCGAGGAUUAUCGCAAAGGUGGAAGGCAAAGGAAAUGGCAUCAAAACGGUAAUUGUUAACAUGGUGGAAAUUGCCAAGGCUCUUAAUCGACCUCCAACUUAUCCAACCAAAUAUUUUGGGUGUGAACUUGGUGCUCAGACUCAGUUUGAUGUGAAGAAUGAACGCUACAUUGUUAAUGGAUCCCAUGAAGCAGGAAAACUACAAGACAUUCUUGAUGGAUUCAUCCGUCGCUUUGUUUUGUGUCCAUCCUGUGAUAAUCCUGAAACUACUCUGGGUGUGCUUCAGAAGAAAGGAGUCAUCACAAUAAAAUGUAUUGCCUGUGGCUAUAGUGGAACUGUGGACUCUGCUCAUAAGCUGAUAACCUUCAUUCUGAAAAACCCACCACAUCAGAGUCCUGGAACAACUGGAUCAUCAGUUCAGAGUGGUAAGAAGAGCAAGAGAAAAUCAAAGGAAGACUCAUCUGGAAGAAAUCAAGAGAAUGGAGAGGAUGGAGACAGUCCUCAACAUGAUUCGGACCCAGAUGUCAAUGAAAACACUGCUGUGAAUGGAGAUGACUUUGAUUGGAGUGUUGAUACUGAUGAUUAUGCUGUUGCUAAGCGUAUGGAAGAUCUAACUGCUGGGGCUAAGGGACUCAUGUUGAAUAAUGAUUUGGAAAAAACCCAGCAAGAACGGGUGAACAUAUUCUAUGAAUUUGUAAAGAAACAUAAGGACAACAACACACUUGACAGCACAAUUAAAGAGAUUCUGGCUGAAGCAGAACGACUGGAUAUCAAGGAUAAGGCUCCUUUGGUGUUUUGUGAAUUACUUUUUGAUGAGCAUAUUAUCCACCAAAUAAAACUGCAUCGUAUGUUAUUCCUUAGAUUCACCCAUGAAAACCACAAAGCUCAGAAGUAUUUACUGGGUGGUUUAGAACAGGUAGUGAAGCUCCAUAAAGACAGUCUGAUGAAUAAAAUCCCUCAUAUUUUAAAGACUUUUUAUGAUACAGAUAUAUUGGAGGAAGAGAUCUUAAUUGACUGGGACAAAAAGGUUUCAAAAAAAUAUGUUAGCAAGGAGAUUGCUCAAGAGAUCCAUGAGAAGGCUAAACCUUUCAUAAAAUGGCUGCAAGAAGCUGAAGAAGAAGAAUCAUCCUCUGACGAAGAAGAAGAGGCAGUGGAAGUUGUUUAUUCAGACCGACACAUCAGCACAAAAAUUCAGGAAGUGAAGGAUGAACCUAAGCCAGUUUCCACCACUGCAGGAGUGGAGAACAGUGAGGAUGACAUAGAUAUUGAUGAUAUAUAAGAGGUGUUCAAUCUGUGUCAAUUCUUAAUAUGAUGUAUCAGUUUUAGUUUAUUCAAUCAUAAAUAGGUUUAUUCCAAAAGCUAGUAUGCUCCUUUCAGUGGGUGUAAUAUGUAAGUUUACACCUGAAAUAACAUGUUUAUCUGGAGUUGCUGGUGUUCUUUAUUUACUUUGAAUAUGUUUUGCUAACUUGCAAAUAAACUUAAUGUCUCAUUGGUGCUUUGAGCUUUUCUGCUAAGGUCUUCAGUGAUAUAUAAAAAUAUUACAAGAUUUUAACUAGAAAAUUAUGGUGAUAUUAGCUUGGUUUGGGAAAUGUAACUAAAUAAAGAUUAUUCUGUACCAUGUUUA